AUGUCUUCCGAGAAGAAGCUCGAUGCGUCACCCGACUCUUCGCCUGGUAAUAUAGACAUCGAUAUCGAAUUUGCUCCAAAUACUGCCAACGCCAAUGCAGGGGAUGGCCAAACAUCGCUCAAGAGGGGUCUCAAACCCCGACAUGUCGGGAUGUUUUCUAUUGCGGGUGCCAUUGGAACGGGCCUGCUCAUCAGCAGUGGAACAGCACUGUCAAGAGGUGGCCCAGGCAGCAUGCUUAUAGCAUAUUCCUUUGUCGGGCUGUUAGUAUUAAAUAUCAUGUCUGCUCUCGGCGAAAUGGCAGUUUUCAUGCCGAUGGACAAGGGCUUUGGUGGAUAUGCCUCUCGACUGGUAGAUCCUGCAUUUGGAUUCGCCACGGGAAUGAAUUAUUUCCUCAAAUAUGUGGUUCUUCUGGCCAACAAUCUCACAGCUUCUGGAAUUGUCAUGCAAUAUUGGCUCCCAGAUGUCAACGUAGCCGUCUGGGUUGUUUCAUUUGCAGUUAUCGUUAUCUUUAUCAAUUUUAUGCCUGUCGAGUACUUUGGUGAAACAGAAUUUGUUGCAGCAUGCAUCAAGACAAUCACGAUUGUUGGUUUGAUGAUUCUCUGCCUGGUCAUUGAUCUGGGGGGCAGUUCCCAAGGGCGUAUUGGAUUUAGGUAUUGGAAUCGUCCUGGUGCCUUCAAAGAGUACCUCGAGCCCGACUCCAUGGGUCGCUUUCUCGGCUUUUGGGCUUGUGUGACAAACGCAUCAUUUGCUUAUAUGGGCAGUGAGAUGGUAGGUAUGACGUUUGGAGAGGCAUCGCAGCCAUGGAAGACUAUCCCGAAAGCCAUCAGUGCGACCUUCUGGCGCAUCACAUUUUUCUAUGUCGGGGGUGUCUUCUGUUUGGGGCUAGUCGUAUCUUCUUCGAAUAAUCGUCUAAUAGAUGCUACGAAAGCAAGCACUGGUGCAGGCGCUUCACCCUUUGUUGUAGCAAUUGUGGAUUCGGGAAUUUCCGUCCUACCUCAUAUCAUAAACGGCUGUCUCUUGAUUUUUGUUCUUAGUGCGGCGAACACGGGUUCUUUACGAAGCGGUCAAUUCCUGUAUUCGCCGUGGCGGCAGCAUCGGCAUUUUUCCCUCCUUGCAUUACUGAACAUUAAUUCAGGAAGCGCUGUCGUUUUUGGGUACCUUGUAUCUCUUUCUACGAUUCUGGGAUUAUUAAACUGGGUCAGCAUCUUAGUUACUUACCUAUUCUUCCAAAAGGGUAUGAGGGUCCAGGGAGUUGGCAGAGAUGUUCUUCCCUUUACGGGACAUUUCACUCAAAUUCGGGCUCAGAUCACUUUAUUCUUUACUCUACUGAUUAUUCUUACCAGUGGUGAGUCAAGUGGCGCGCCAAGAAUUUACGAUUAA